AUGGCCAGCUGGAGCAAUCUCAGCACCAGACAGAAGGUGGCGCUGGCUCUCGGGGUGUCCGCGGGGGCCGCCGUGCUCUGCGUCUGCUACGCCAAGUACCGCAGCCGGCAAGCUCUGGCGUCUCCGGACAGCACAGAGGACGGCUAUGAGCUUCGAAUGAAGAUUUCACAACACGCUGUAAAGCAGCUCUCGGCAGGAGGGGAUGAUGUCAUCAUUCAGUUCUCAAAACGGACUUCCACUCGUAUCAAGUUGAGCCAAGUCAUGGACUCUGAUGGUCGCCAGGAGCUGACGAUCACAGGGAGCCCCGCCCACGUGCGCCAGGCCCAGGAGCAGCUGUCGGAAAUCUUUCAGGAUGAUGCCACCAUAGAGGUGGAGCUGCACCUACCGGCCAGAUCUGUGUGCCGGAUAAUAGGAAAAGGAGGACAGAAGAUUCGGGACAUAAGUAAAACAUCCGGAGCCAAAAUCGAGUGCGAGUGCCAGCCAGACAGCAACUUGGACCUGGCAAGGUGCAUCACCGUUACCGGGUCGCUGAAGCAAGUGGAGGCCGCCAAGACCCUAAUCCAGAAAGUGGUGGAAGAAGAAGCCUCCAUCUUGAAAAAUGCUGCCGUUUCCUCCAACUUCCGGUCGCACAGGAAGAGUAUAAUCGCCGUAAAGAAGAAAGACAAGCAGCCCCCCCGCCGAGGAGUGCGUCACCCCGAACACGGACCGCUCCCCAGACAGUUUCCACACGGCCGAGUCUCCGGAGGAAAGGCUGGCCGAGGACAACGAGCCCCAAAAUAUCGCUGACUGCACAUACAACAUCUGCAAGUUUGAGGUUCCCAGCCCGGACUUCAACUUCCGUGCCGGCGAGUACGUCGAUGUCUGCGUGUCCGCCUCGGAGAACCCGGAACAUUUCUGGAUCCAGAUCCUCGGCUCCCGGGCCUCGCAGCUCGACAAGCUGACCACGGAGAUGAGCGACUUUUGCUUGAGACAGAAGCGGGGAAAGAUGCCGGAGAUCCAGAUGGGGGAUAUCGUGGCAGCUCCGUUCCGUGAAGACAAUUUCUGGUACAGGGCGGAGGUCCUGGGAUUCCUGGAGAACAACGUGGUUGAUUUGUACUACGUGGAUUAUGGUGACAACUGGGCGUGCCCAAAAGAGCACCUCUUCCCACUCAGGAGCGACUUUCUCAGUUUGCCGUUCCAGGCGGUGGAAUGUGGCCUCGCAUAUGUCGCUCCAAGCGGUGGGAAGUGGACAGACGAGGCUAUGGACAGGUUUGAUACCUUGGCGCACUGUGCUAAAUGGAAACCCCUGUUGGCCAAGAUAGCCAGUUUCCCAUCCCCGGGGGCCUCCCAUUUUCAGAUCCAGCUAUUCGACCCAUCCAGGGACCCGGUGAGUGGAGACACUCUUGGUUUAAUCUUGGCUAUCUAG